GAGCCUCUGCCCUAGAGCUCAGACGCGCCCGCAUCCCCGCGCACUGCCAAGGCAAGCUGGGGCCGGAGUCCCCGCUCCCGGCCAGCCGCGGAGAGGCUGAGCGAGCCCGAGCGCGAGCGGGAGCGCGGGCGCGAACCGACCUGGCCCUGCCACCUCCGGCAUCGCUGUGCGCCCGCCGCGGUUAUGGUAUACUGAAAAGGCACUCCAUCAAGAGUAAUCUGGGGAAAACAGACCCUACGGGGCAGAAGAGACAAAGGAAAGAAGGUUUAUCUGAGUUUCUUCCUAAACCUCUCUUAAGAAAUACAGCAUAUUUUACCAGAGAUUUCUGUCAGCGCCUGGGCCACGGGCCAACAUGGAUGAUACCCUUGGGGGUCAGGAGAAAUCAAGCAACAGCAGCAAGGGAAGCAGCAGCACAGGAGCCCAGCAAGAUGUUAUGAGGUCUGACUCAUCAGAGAUGACUGAUGUGGAGUCUGUGAUCAACACCUUUGCAUCAUCAGCCAGGAAGGGCCGCCGGAAUGCCUUACCUGACAUCCAGAGCUCAGCUGCUACUGGUGGUAAUUCUGAUUUGCCCCUCAAGCUGGCAGCACUCUCUGUGAAGGAAGAUGUAAAAAAGAAAGGUGAAGAAACAAUGCAAGACCAUCGAGAAAACCCCCCAAAUGAAGAAAAAUGAAGGCUUAUAAUUUAUCAAGCGUGCUGAAAUUCAUGCACAUUGAAAGACUUAGUGUUUUCCUGAGAUGUCUGAUCUGGUGGCAUCUGUGGUAACAUGUGUAUUAGAUAAUUGUGUUGUGAUGCCACUCACUUGGAUUGUAACUAUGAUGCCCAAUGUAUGCUAUUAAAAAGAAGGCUAGUGCCAUACUGCACCUAAGAAUAUAGGAACACUUAAGUACAUAAUUCUGUCUUUAAACACAAAACCCACUGUCCUCUUUGGGAUAUAUUUGGCUGGAUAUACAUUUAAUUCCAUUAUGUGGUGAUGAAGUGUUGGGAAAAAUAUUUCUUGAUGAUAUAAACACUACUAAUUUAAAAUUUUAUAAAAUUUGUAGGAGAUUAUAUUUUUUUGGUGAGAAGGAAUAAUAGUCAAAACAAUCACAUGAAUAAAGUAUGUUUAUUUUAAACCAAAAUUGCACCAGAUUUCCCCAAAACCUUAGAAGAGAAUAAUUUCAUAAACAUCUCUAGGAUGUUUUUGUAUGAUAUAUUUUUCAUCAAGUCUGUGCAUAUUAUGAUUUUUCAUGUUGAUCCUUAGAAUGUAAAAUUUGUGACACAUUGCUUAUAUGAAAUAUGCCUAUUAAAUGACACACUGUAACCUGG